AUGGCAGCCAAAAGCACAACCAUCAAGCGCAUUCUCAAAGAAGCCGCCGAGAUAACCACAAACCCCACUCCAGAUUUCUACGCCGCUCCCCUGGAAGAAAACCUCUUCGAAUGGCACUUUACAAUCCGCGGCGCUCCUGAACCUUCGCCCUUCGCUGGAGGAGUCUACCACGGCCGCAUAAUACUCCCUCCAGCAUAUCCCCUUCGACCGCCCUCAUUCCGCUUCUUGACUCCCUCGGGCCGCUUCGAACCCAACCGCGAGAUAUGUCUGAGUAUAUCUGGCCAUCAUGAAGAGACCUGGCAGCCUGCUUGGGGCAUACGUACUGCCUUGGUCGCCAUAAGGAGCUUUAUGGAUACCGAUGCUGGCGGUCAGGUUGGCGGUAUGAGUGCUCCUGAUAACGUGAGGAAAGCUUUGGCAGAGAAGAGCAGAGAGUACUCUUGUGCUGGUUGUGGCAAAGGCGCCUUGGCAAUCCUGGAAGAGCAAGAGGAGAGGUGUAAAGACCUGGGCAUUCAAGCCACAGACGAAGAGGAAAAUCCCUUGGUUGGCAAGAUCGGCCUGAUUGAACCCAAGAAAGAUGCUAGCACUACAGACAUCUCUGCUCCAACAAGCGCAGCAUCUCAAUCGGAAGAUACUGUGGCUGGAUCAGAGCCUGAGCCGCCUCGUGUCGCCCAAGGGGUCCAACCUACACCCACGAUUCAACAGUCGCAAUCACAGCCACAAGCCCAAGCUGCUCCUCAAGCUCAGUCACAACCACAACCACAACCACCCACUCAACUUCAACAACCGCCGCUACAGCCAGUAGUAGCAACCACAAGGACGGAUGCUUGGAUAGACAAAGCCAUCAUUGGCAUAGUCAUCGCUCUCGUCUUAAUGAUCUUACGUCGUGCCGCUUAG